AUGUUCCAGCCGCGCUUCUCUCGCUCAGGCUUCCGCUCCGGCUCCCCGAUCCACUCCAACAUGCGUAGCGGCUCCCCUUUCCGCUCCAACUUCCACAGUGGGUCUCCGUUCCGCUCCAACUUCAGGAGCGGGUCGCCAUUCCGUAGCGGGUCGCCAUUCCGUAGUGGUUCCCCAUUCCGUAGUGGCUCCCCAUUCCCCUCCAACUACCGCAGCGGAUCUCCAUUCCGCUACAACAACCGCAGCGGCUCCCCAUUCCGCUCCAACUUCCGUAGCUGGUCGCCGUUCGCCAACGAUUGUGAGGACUACGGCCGGUUUUACUACCCGUCUCCUUACUCCGAUGGCCGUCGUUACGGAGACUAUUACUACAGCGACUACACGACCUCGGCCCGUCAAAGCACCCCGUGGCGUUUUGGAGGAGACUAUGGAUCUCAGUUUGAGGACUACAGCCACCGCUACCUCGAGUCGGGAGCUCGGGGAGAGUUUGGCGACUACGAGUGGCAGAGCGGUGACUACGAGGACUACGUCUGCCAGGAGGACGGCGCGCGGGGCCGCUUCUCGGAGCGCCGCUCGCGGGCCGUGAGUCGCGACCGGGUGCGGUUUGACCGUUCGGCGGCUCUGAGCGGCGGCCAGUACGGCGAGCGGUACGGCCGCCAGUACGGCCCGCGGUACCGCUCACUGUCGCCGGCGGCGUACCGCGGCCAGCGGGCCGGCGCCGCCCUCAGGGCGCGCUCCAUGUCCCCCGGCUACGAGAGAGCCGACUUCUACACGGCCAGGGAGGCGAUGGACAGUGGAUGGGACAGCAGCAGGAGCAGCAUGGCGCGCCACUCGCAGACGGUGGCUGGUGAGCGACAGAUGACCUCCGCAAUGACCCAGCGGCCCGGGGCCUACCGGGUCAGCUGGUAUAACUAG